AUGGCACCUGCAUGGACUCGCUCCAUGAGCAAUGUGACUAUUGUUCCAAAAGACGAUGUUGUCAGCCAAUUAGUAAACACACUCAUGAGAGAUGGCAAAAAGGCCAGAGCACAACGUUUAGUCAAUGACAGCAUGAAUCACCUUUCAAAAAAGAUUGGAGAAGAAAAAGAUCCUUAUAAUCUCUUACGUGAAGCUAUUGAAAUUGCCUCUCCCUUAUUAAAAAUAUCAAGCCAGAAAAAGGGAUCCAAAGUGGUCCAUGUGCCUACACCAUUAAGAGAUCGUCAACGUCGUCGUCGUGCUAUUGUUUGGAUGUUGGAAGCUGCAUCAAAAAGAGGAGAAAAGACAUUUGAAGAAAGGUUUGCCUCUGAAGUGCUUGAUGUUACUGAAGGAACUAGCACUGUUUUACAAAAGAAGUUACAAGUACAUAAACAAGCUUUGGCUAAUCGUGCCAACGCUCAAGUAUCUUACGGCGGCCAACGAUAA